UAGGAAGAAGAAGAAAUGGUUGAGGAAGAGGUUCAAAAGCUCAAGGAAGAAGUGAUGAGCAUGUUUAUCAUUGCUCAAAACCCUUCCCAAAAGUUAAGUUUGAUUGAUUCAAUUCAACGCUUAGGUUUGUCUUAUCACUUUGAGAAAGAGAUUACUGAGAUCUUGCACCACAUGCAAAAGCCUUCCGUAGUUGACAAUGAUGAAAACAUUUACGAGGUUGCCCUUCGAUUUCGAUUGCUUAGACAACAAGGCUAUGCUAUCCCAACUGAGAUAUUCAACAAGUUUACAAAUGAAGAUGAAGAUUUCAAAGAAUCAAUUGUGAAAGGAAAAAGGGAAAUAAUGAGUUUGUAUGAAGCAUCACAUUGGAGAAUGAAGGGAGAGAUUAUAUUGGAUAGAGCUUUAGCAUUUACGACUACUAAGCUUGAAGAAAUGGCUAUGGAUGUUAGCUCUCCUUUUAGAGAUGAAGCUGCAUAUGCUUUGAAAUGGCCAAUCCUAAAAGCUUUGCCAAGGCUUAUCAUCAAACGCCAUAUCUCUAUCUAUGAAAUGGACCCAUUGAAGAACAAUGUUUUGCUCAAAUUCGCUAAGUUGGAUUACAAUUCUAUGCAAAAACUCUACCAAAAAGAACUAUGUGAAGUUUCGAGAUGGUGGAAGCAUCUAAAUUUACUUGAAGAACUAUCUUUUGCAAGAGAUAGGAUGGUGGAGAGUUACAUUUGGGCAUUGGGAGUUUAUUAUGAACCCAAAUAUUCUCUUGGUAGAAUAAUAUUAGCCAAAAUUGUUGCUCUUGCAACGGUUCUUGAUGAUAUGUAUGAUUUAUAUGCUACACUGGAUGAACUUCAACUAUUCACACAAGCAAUUGAAAGAUGGGAUAUGAAUUGUAUUGUGAAACUCCCAAAGUACAUGAAAAUUUUCUAUGGAGUUAUAUUAAAACUUUAUGAGGAGAUUGAAAAAGAUAUCAACAAGGACAACGUUACUAUUCCAUAUGCUAUUCACUAUGCAAAAGAAGGGAUGAAAAGGCAAUGUAGAGCUUAUUUUGCAGAAGCAAAAUGGUUUCAUGAAGGGUAUGUGCCUACAUUUGAAGAGUACAUGAAAGUAGCAACUGUGUCAACUUGUUAUUAUCUUUUUGUUCCAAUUUCAUUUGUUGGAAUGGGAGUUGCUGCUUCAAAAGAGGCUUUUGAAUGGGUUGAGAGUGACCCAAUGCUUCUUAAAGCAAGUGGAAUAAUUGGGAGGCUCAUGAAUGACGUAACUUCUCACACGUUUGAACAAGAGAGAGGUGAUGUUGGCUCAGCUGUUGAAUGUCACAUGAAACAACAUGGAUUAUCAGAAGAAGAAACCUUAGUGGAAUUGGAGAAUGAAGUGAUUAAAGCAUGGAGAGAUAUAACAGAAGAUUAUAUCAAAACUACAAACAUUUCAAAUGAAAUCCUUUUACGUGUGUUGAAUCUUGCAAGACUCUCAGAUCUAUUCUAUAAAGAAGAAGACGGUUACACAUUUGUUGAUAAGACGACAAAACAUUUCAUUGCCUCUAUCAUCGUAGAACCUUUACCAACUUAAAUGUUUUAAGCAUUACUAUAUGAGUAUUAUAUGAUGCAUAAAGUUCGUCUCAGCUUGCAAGAGUGUGUUCGAUCACAAGAGAUUCUUAAAAAGUAAUUAUGUUAUAUGCAUUGUA